CCGCCCCUUCUUAAGCCCAGGUCCCGCCUUUCAACCUUCCGGCCUCUUAAGUCUCUCAGCCCUGUUUUGCCCCGGAGUCUUUUCCUGAGGGGAGACUACGUCAGCACGUUUCGGCGUGAGACGGUGGUAUUCCGGUGUGUUAGAACAGCUUCCGGCGGGGUCUGGACGUUGAUGUCUUGCGUCUGACGCCUUGUUGCACUCGAAGCUGAGCGAGCUUCGGAGGAGUGUGGAGGAAUUCACGUAUUUGCUGCGGUAACCUCAUCAGUCUGCCAAGAUGGCGAUGCAAGCGGCCAAGAGAGCGAACAUUCGACUUCCACCUGAAGUAAAUCGAAUUUUGUAUAUAAGAAAUUUGCCCUACAAAAUCACGGCUGAAGAAAUGUAUGAUAUAUUUGGGAAAUAUGGACCUAUUCGUCAAAUCAGAGUGGGGAACACACCUGAAACUAGAGGAACAGCUUAUGUGGUCUAUGAAGACAUCUUUGAUGCCAAGAAUGCGUGUGAUCACCUGUCAGGAUUCAAUGUUUGCAACAGAUACCUCGUGGUUUUGUACUAUAAUGCCAACAGGGCAUUUCAGAAGAUGGACACAAAGAAGAAGGAAGAACAGUUGAAGCUUCUCAAGGAGAAAUACGGCAUCAACACAGAUCCACCAAAGUAAAUGUUUUCUGCAUUUUCAUUUUGGACUGUUUAAAACCCAUGAAUGACCACCACAACCCUUUUUUUUUUUUUAACUAAUAGUGAAUGUUGUGAUUUCUUAUUUGAGAUUCAAAAAGACCUCCUUGAAACUUUGAUAUAUUUUAGAAUAUAUUAUGUUAAUAAACUUGUAGCUUUUUGUAAAACAUGUCAGUGUUUUCUCUUAAAAUUUCUCCUUCUGUAUUAUACCAGAAAAAAAAUAAUAAAACAGCAUUUGAACCGUA